CCGCGUGCGCAGAUUCAAACGGCGGCUCUUGAGGGAGGCUGGGCGCGAGAUUCGGCGGUGCGGACAAAACCCUGCAGGAGACUACGAUCCCUGCAGAACUGCUAGCUGCGGGGAGCGGGCGGGGGUAGGCGCCUGUGGCACAGUCGCGCUGGGACCGGGGCGGGGAGGCUGAGCAGCGGUGGGAGAGGCCGGCGGAGGGUGGGAGCGCGCCUCCUGACAUGUUGGGGGCAUCCCUGGCCGGGCCGGGCCGGGGCUAGGAGCAGCGCUGCGGACCGGGGCUGGGGGCGGGUCGCGGUCCGCCCCCGCUGUCCCUCCGUCGCGCCCUGCCGAGGACUUGCGUUCCGCACUCGGCUGCCUUCGGAGGGAGCGAGGGAAGCGGCUAGAGGGUCAGGGAGAAGGCGCAUUCGCCGGAGGCUAGAGGAGGCUGAUCCGCGUCCCCGUCCAGCCCGCUCCUAUGCGGUACUUGAAGGAUGGCGAAGAGGUCGCGCAGUGAAGAUGAAGAUGAUGACCUUCAGUAUGCUGAUCAUGAUUAUGAAGUACCACAACAGAAAGGACUGAAGAAACUCUGGAACAGAGUAAAAUGGACAAGGGAUGAGGACGAUAAAUUAAAGAAGUUGGUUGAACAACAUGGAACUGAUGAUUGGACUUUAAUUGCUAGUCAUCUUCAAAACCGCUCUGAUUUUCAGUGCCAGCAUCGGUGGCAGAAAGUUUUAAAUCCCGAAUUGAUAAAGGGUCCUUGGACUAAAGAAGAAGAUCAGAGGGUUAUUGAAUUAGUUCAGAAAUAUGGACCAAAAAGAUGGUCUUUAAUUGCAAAACAUUUAAAAGGAAGAAUAGGCAAGCAGUGUAGAGAAAGAUGGCAUAAUCAUCUGAAUCCUGAGGUAAAGAAAUCUUCCUGGACAGAAGAGGAGGACAGGGUCAUCUAUGAAGCACAUAAGCGAUUGGGAAAUCGUUGGGCAGAGAUUGCCAAACUCCUUCCAGGAAGGACUGAUAAUUCUAUCAAAAAUCAUUGGAAUUCUACUAUGCGAAGAAAAGUAGAACAAGAGGGCUAUUUACAAGAUGGAAUAAAAUCAGAACGAUCUUCAUCUAAACUUCAACACAAACCUUGUGCAGCUAUGGACCAUUUGCAAACCCAGAAUCAGUUUUACAUACCCGUUCAGAUCCCUGGGUAUCAGUAUGUGUCACCUGAAGGCAAUUGUAUAGAACAUGUUCAGACUACUUCUGCCUUUAUUCAGCAACCCUUCAUUGAUGAAGAUCCUGAUAAGGAAAAAAAAAUAAAGGAACUUGAGUUACUUCUUAUGUCAGCUGAGAAUGAAGUUAGAAGAAAGCGAAUUCCAUCACAGACUGGAAGUUUUUCUGGCUGGUCUGGAAGUUUCCUCAUGGAUGAUAACAUGUCUAAUACUCUAAAUAGCCUUGACGAGCACACUAGUGAGUUUUACAGUAUGGAUGAAAAUCAGCCUGUGUCUGCUCAGCAGAAUUCACCCACAAAGUUCCUGGCCGUGGAGGCAAAUGCUGUGUUGUCUUCUUUGCAGACGAUACCAGAAUUUGCAGAGACUCUAGAACUUAUUGAAUCUGAUCCUGUAGCAUGGAGUGAUGUUGCCAGUUUUGAUAUUUCUGAUGCUGCAGCUUCUCCUAUCAAAUCCACCCCAGUUAAAUUAAUGAGAAUUCAGCACAAUGAAGGAGCCGUGGAAUGUCAAUUUAACGUCAGUGUUGUACUUGAAGGGAAAAAAAACAUUUGUAAUAGUGGCAACAGUGAACCUGUUCCUUCCCCACAUAUGGCCAAGUUUAGCACUCCACCAGCCAUCCUCAGAAAGAAGAGAAGAAUGCGAGUGGGUCAUUCCCCAGGCAGCGAACUUAGGGAUGGCAUACUGAACGAUGGUGGUAAUACAGCGCUAAAACAUACACCACUGAAAACACUACCAUUUUCUCCUUCACAGUUUUUCAACACAUGUCCUGGAAAUGAACAACUUAAUAUAGAAAAUCCUUCAUUUACAUCAACCCCUAUUUGUGGGCAAAAAGUUCUCAUUACAACUCCUCUUCAUAAGGAAACAACUCCCAAAGAUCAAAAGGAAAAUGUAGGGUUUAGAACACCUACUAUUAGAAGAUCUAUAUUGGGUACCACACCAAGAACUCCUACUCCUUUUAAGAAUGCGCUUGCUGCUCAGGAGAAAAAAUAUGGACCUCUUAAAAUUGUGUCCCAGCCACUUGCCUUCUUGGAAGAAGAUAUUCGGGAAGUUUUAAAAGAAGAAACUGGAACAGACAUAUUCCUCAAAGAGGAUGAUGAACCUGCUUACAAAAGCUGCAAACAAGAGAAUACCGCUUCUGGGAAGAAAGUCAGAAAAUCACUAGUCUUAGACAAUUGGGAAAAAGAAGAAUCAGGCACUCAACUAUUGACUGAAGACAUUUCAGACAUGCAGUCAGAAAAUAUAUUUACUACAUCUUUAUUAAUGAUACCAUUAUUGGAAAUACAUGACAAUAGGUGCAACUUGACUCCUGAAAAACAAGAUAUAAAUUCAACCAACAAAACAUACACACUUACUAUAAAGAAACCAAACCCUAACACUUCCAAAGUUGUCAAAUUGGAAAAGAAUCUUCAGUCAAAUUGUGAAUGGGAAACAGUGGUUUAUGGGAAGACAGAAGACCAACUUAUUAUGACUGAACAAGCAAGAAGAUAUCUGAGUACUUACACAGCUACCAGCAGUACUUCAAGAGCUCUCAUACUGUAAUUGUUAUUAAAAUUGAUGAAAUGCCCCACUUCUUACUGCAUUCUCUACUAAAUUAGGUUGCAGUGAAAUUUUUCUCAAUUAAUUGUUUUUAAAGUUGUAAUAUAGUCCUUUUAAUACAGCAUCUUUUUUCUAUAUAGAGCAGGCAGAAAGCUAGUAAGUCACAAUUUAAUAGUUUAUGUUUUAAGAGAUGAGAUUUUUAAAAAUUGUUUUUAAAGAACAAGAUGGGAAAAUAAUAGAAUGUUCAUGGAUAUUCUAAAAGUAAAUUCUCAUAUGUUUUCUUCACAAGGUAUGUGUUGCUAUUCUCUUGAUGCUGCAGUUUUGUUAUAGAUAGGGGUAUGAGUACAUAUGAUUCUGAAAUUAGUCUAUGUAUGGAAAGCACACAUGAUUUUAUGAAGUACUUUUACCCACAUGCUGAUUUACUUAGGCUUCCAUUUGCAAAGAAACACAUUGAAAAGGAAUUUAAAGGAAGGAUAGAAAGUUGCACUACUAAUUUUUUGUUUUUUAUUUUCAGAAACAAUAAAAUUAACUACAGUGUUAAAUGUAUUUAUUUGAGCAUAGUACUAAAAACAAAAAGCAUUCAAAAAGAGUUUUUUCUUUAUUAGUAAAUGGUAUUUUCUUAAGCUCAGAAGAGCUGAGAGUUUUGUUGAAUGUAUUGUACAGUAUGUAGGAGCAGGAGAACUUUGUAAAUUGGAAAGAAGUCUGUUUUUAUAAUUUAUUUUAUUUUUAAAGCUUAAAUGUAGAUAUUUAUACAUAUACAGGGUGCCUAGAAGCCAGUGUUGUUUCCUGUUAUUACAGCUAACACAGUAAAGAAAAAUUUUGGCUUUUAAGUAUGAAACAGUAGUAAGAUAUAGCUGUAAAGAAUACAAUAUCUAUACUGUAUGUCACAUCUACCUAAAUAUUGCACUAUGCCCUUUAAAUCAUGUUGGUUAUAAAGUAGUUCUAAAAAUGUACUAAAUAAUAAUUUAAUAUUUUCUUUUUAAAUUAUAUCGAGGGUGGUCAUAUACAUUAAUCUGGUGAUUUGUAUAUGUGUUUGAAAUUUUUGCAUUUUGUUUAAAAAAUUAUAUGGUACCUUGGUCCCUAAAAACAAUCUGCACUUAGAAGUUUAUAUUUACUCAGUGUUUCAGAAGUGGAGAACAUUAUCUUUUAUUUAUAAAAAUAUUUUGUCCUUUUAAAAAAUGUUUUGUGUUUCUCUACAGGUUACAACAGUUGCUUCAGUUGCCUGUUUUAGGUGUUUGCACUUAUUUUAUUUCUUCUUGAAAGAAUUUUCAUUUGCUUUUGUGGUAGAGAUUAUAUGUAAUUUUCUUCAGUUACAUAAUGGUGUGCUGUCAACUUAAACACUGACAGGUAAAUAGAAUUGUACACUGUAGUUUGAAUUAUUUAUAAUUGACACACUCUCUCCCUCUCCACUCCUGAAGUAUGCUGCUAUAGAAAAUAGCAGAAUCGGCUUGCUGCUAUGAGAGAAGGAAAGAGCGACCACCACUUGCACUGUGUGAAAAGAUAAACAAAUGAUGGCAAGUUCUCAAGUUAACUAAAUGGAAUCAACCAUUACCAGACAAAUUCUUACAAAUACCAAAAUAACUACUAUGCCUUAAAAAACAAAAUGAAAGCAGGUUAAGAUUUUCUGCUCUGUUUGUAUGUUAAUAGAAAUGGAAAUACUAAGUAUUUUAAUGCCUAGCUCUUGAACAGUAGACCUAAAAGGGUUUUAAGCUAUUUAAAUCUACUUGCUAGUUUUUGCAUAUUUUAUAUAUUUAUAUACAUAUAGUGAGAAGUGAAGAAAAUGUAUGGUACUAAGAUUAUGCCUUGUUGAUAACAAAUAGAUAAACCAAUUUGAAUCCUCUUAGGAUGUUUAAGUAUGUUGAUUGCUUUCUAAUUAAUGAACUUCUCACAGAAAUUUUACUUAGUGAAACCAAUGAUUGUAGCAAACUCAUACUGGAUCAUUUCAGUUACCUUGAACUAAUAGCACAUAAUGGUUUGUUGUUGUUGUUUUUAAUGUAGCCCUUACGUGGAUGUACAUAGUCUGCAAUCACCAAAAUAUAAUAUCUUGGAAGAGCUAUACUUUUUAAAGCAUAUUUUUUCUUGAGCAUUAAAUUAUCCUAAAUGGUAAUAUAUUGUGGAUAAGUCUGGCCUUAUUGGACAUAAUACAUACGUGGGUUGGUAUUGGUUGAAUCCUUCAGUUAACUGCUUUGUUGCUUUUUGCAAGAUUUUUAAUCAACAUGUCAGGCAUCUUAAGUCACCUUUAUACUGUUUUGUUCCUCUGAAUUUCUUUCAGUAUGUUAUACAAAUGCCAGACAUACAUGUAGCAGCCAUACUUGCAUAGAAACUGACUACACAUAUAUAAUACUGCAUUUUCUUGUAAGGUUUUCACAUUAAUACAGCAAUUGCCCUGACUAAAUUGAGUUUUGUGAUGUAUGGAAAACUCCAUUGUAAGAGAAUCUUGCAUACAAUGUUGACAUAUUAACAUCCAAAAUAAAGCAUCUGUGUACAAGCUGA